AUGGUGGAGGAACUGGGGCCCACUGACUUACAUGUAAAGCAGUUCAGGAAGAAGAUGGAGCAGGACAACCACGUGAACCACCGCGGAGGAGCCGGCAAGUGUAGGAAAAGUCACCAUUUCCAAAACUAUCCUGUGGCUCAGGUGGAUGAACUUAUCAGCACCUGUGCAAAUGCAGCUGCAGGCAGCGUGGUUAGAUUGCAACUAGGACGUCAGGAGGAAGCAGACCACCAGAGGGGCGGAGCUCUCUCUGAACCAAUCCCACUGCAGAGCCGCAGGGCCCUGUACCAGGCAGCCGUAUACAACCAGGCGAACACCAGUUAUCCCAGCUUGGUCAUGGAGGAAGCUGAGGUCUGCUCAUUGCCUGGGGGGCUAGCGAGCGUGCGGAGACAGUUUGAGAGCGAGGAAACUUCCACUGCACACAGCGCAGUUACUCAAUUUCAUUUCACACAUAGAACUGUGCAGGAAACAUCAAAUUCAGUGCAGCUGAGUGCCAACCAGCAGGCCCUAUUUUUCAGUGAUGAAAAGAUUUCACAUGAGCAAAAUAUUCAACAGGACGUGACUACCAGCAUUGAAAAUCAUCAUGAUGAAACAGGUGAGGAAGAGGAAUACUAUCCAAGGCUCUCAGCUAGGGAAUUGGCACAGCACUUUGAAAAAACAAUUGAAGAGGCUGCACCCAGCAAGAAAAUUAAGACCGAGCGUGACAUCACCCAGAAUCUGUGCACGUCUAUUGCUAGUGUGUCCCAGCAUACUUCAAAGAGUGAGAUAUGUGAGACAGUGACGGAAACAACAGCUGAGGAAGAAGAAUAUCUGGAUUCUGUAUCUGCCACUGAUGGUGAAGAGUUGGAUUAUCUCCCUCCACCACCCCCCGACUUACUGGAGGAACCCUCAGAACUACCGGAGUAUUUCCCUGAGCCACCUGAUUCACCAAAUCCAAUCAGACACCCCAUGAACAGAGAGCAGUACUUUAAACAGAGAGAACUCCUGGAACUCAAACGCCUUUGCAAACAUGUCCACCCUGAUGUCCGUAAAGAUCUGGAGAGAGAGUUCUACGAUGAAGUGACAGACGAGGAGAGAGAAGGACUCCUGGAUGAUGACGGACUAACAGCUGGAGAUGUGCAGGAGGCUGCAUAUGCAUUUGAGAAUGGUGGGAGCACGCCAAACAGGAGUCCUGAAAGGGAAUACCUAGAGUGGGAUGAGAUACUCCGUGGUGAAGUUCAGUCGAUGUGUUGGAUGUUUGAAAACAAACCUUUGGAUUGCAUCAAAGAUGACUCCUCAGAUGAAGAAGAGGGCCAAGACAUCACUAAACAGGAAGUCAUCACUGGUAGUGAUGUUAGAAGCACAGCCCUGAUGUUUGAGACUCAGCCCAUGGAUUUGUUGGGAGUUGACCACAGUUCAGCACAACAAAAGCAAAUGUAUAAUAAUGUGGCCAAAGGAGAUGUUCGGACAGCUGCCUGGUUAUUUGAAACAAAACCCAUGGACACUCUGAAUAAAUUGUAUAAAGAUGAAGAGCAGACUAAAGAGGUAGUCUUCACACAAGAGGUGACAAAAGGAGAUGUCAAUUCAGUCAGGUACAUGUUUGAAAAUCAACAAAUGGAUUCCUUUGGUGUCACAGAGACUAUUGAUGAAAAGCACCUUUUGAAUCUGAAGUCAGUGCUAGAGGAGAUCAAAACUGAUGUGAAGAAAGUCAUCUGGAUGUUUGAAACACAGUGCAUGUGUCUGUUAAGGGAGCACUCAGGUGAAAUGGUGGAAAUCACUUCAGUCCGCAGAGAAGAAACAGAAAAGGGGGAUGUCAAAACGUCACGGUGGCUGUUUGAAACAAAGCCUCUGGGUGAAAUUAAUGAGAACCUUUCUCAGGUGAGGCUCAUUUCUGGCAUAUCCAUAGAAGACAACCAGCAAGGGGACAUCAAAAAGGGUCGCUGGUUGUUUGAGACAAAGAGAUUGGACUCCAUAAAUGAGGAGUGGGAAAAGUGCCAAAAGGCUGAGAAAGAGGAGAUCAUUGGGGCAGAUGUCCGCAAACACUGCUUGGUGUUUGAGACUCAACCCAUGGACACUUUGAAAGAUGAUACAAAUGCUAGACCUGCGACCCCAGAGGAGAUAAUAGGUGGUGAUGUGAGGUCUGUAAGACACUUUUUUGAGAGUGCUCCUAAGAAUGAGUUGAAGGAGCUUGCUGAGGUAGGUAAGCUCAAGAAAAUGGCAGCAACUGAAGAGGAGAGAGGGGAUGUUAGACAUCAAAAAUGGAAGUUUGAGAACCAGCAUCUGGAGAACAUCGGGGAGGAGCGUGCAGAUGUUGGGAGGCUUAAGAAAACGGUAGCAUCUGAGGAGGAACGAGGUGAUGUGAGACAUCAAAGAUGGUUGUUCGAGAAUCAAAAACUGGAGGAUAUCAGAGAGGAGAGGAAAGAGCUGGUUCGCAUGGUCAAUCUUGAGCUGAACGAAGAGAACAUUUCAAGCUUCAAAGGUGAUGUGCAGAAAAAUUGCUGGGUUUUUGAAACUCAACCCAUGGAUACUUUGAAAGAUGAUUCAAAUGCCAAACCUGUCAUUACAGACGAGAUUAUAGGCGGUGAUGUAAGGUCAGCUAGACACUUUUUUGAAACAGCCCCUAAAGAGCAGUUGAAAGAACUUGCGGAAGUGGGGAAGCUGAAGAAAGUAGUGGCAUCUGAAGAGGAGAGGGGGGAUGUAAGACAUCAGAAAUGGAGGUUUGAGAGUCAACCACUAGAACAGAUUGGAGAGGAGAAGAAGCAAAUGACAAGAACAGUAAACGUGGAGGAUGUUGAAAAAGUGGACGUCAGAAAUUACAAGCAAAUCUUUGAAACCACUGAUUUAAGCAGACAUGAUCAGACUCAAAAGAUACAAGUGGAGGGUGUCACCACUGGCUCCGUUAAACUGAACAAAGAUCUUUUCGAAUCCACACCUUUAUAUGCCAUGCAAGACAGCUCAGGUCACUACCAUGAGGUGAAAACCAUCCGUCGAGAAGAGGUUGUCAAAGGAGAUGUCAGGAGCUUUAAAUGGAUGUUUGAAACCCGUCCCAUAGAUCAGUUUGAUGAAAGCAUUACCAAAUUUCAGAUAAUCAAGGGGAUCACCCAACAGGAGAUUGAGUCAGGUGAUGUCAAAACAGCUAAAUGGCUAUUUGAGACCCAGCCUCUUGAUGCAAUUAAAUACUUCAGUAACAUUGAAGACGAGGAAUAUGUUACCAGAGAAACCACUGAGAUUGUCAAAGGUGAUGUAAAAACCUGUAAGUGGCUGUUUGAGACUAAACCAAUGGAUGAACUGUAUGAGAGAAUCGCUCUCAGGAGAGAAAACGAAGAUGACGUCCACAGGGGAGAUGUCAAAACAUGCACCUGGCUCUUUGAAACACAGGCCCUUGACACCAUACGAGACGAAUCAGAAACAGUCCUGACAGCAAAAACAGUGAAACAAGAGGACAUCCAAGGCAAAGAUGUACGCAUGGCUCGUUUCCUAUUUGAGACAGAGAACCUUGAGAACCUCACUGGAGAGGAUGACAGAGCUUUUAAGACAGUUACUGAGAUUGAUGUUCAGUCUGGAGAUGUAUCACGUAUGAAGUACAUAUUUGAAACACAGUCUGCUGAUGUGAUGACCUCGACCUCUGAGGAGUUCAUGCAUAAGCUGAGGACUGCUCAGGCAGAAGAUAUACAGAAAGGAAAUGUAGGAAACUGUAAGAUGCUCUUUGAAAACCAGCCAAUAGAUUCAAUCUGCGAAAAAUCUGACGAACAGAAAAAUAUACGUACCGUGAUGGAUGUGCAGGGGGGCAACGUUGACAAAGGCCGCUUUAUUUUUGAGACCUACACUUUAGAUAAGAUUCAGCAGGCCUCUUCUGAAUCAGACAUUUCCAAGUUGCAGAAAAUUAUUUGUGAGGAAGAAGAGAAGGGUGACGUAAAAAACUAUGCUAUGAUGUUUGACACGCAGCCUCUCUAUGCCAUCCAAGACAAAGAGGGCCACUACCAUGAGGUCACCACACUCACUAAAGAAGAGAUAUUGAAAGGGGAUGUAGUUGGUGCCCGCUGGCUCUUUGAAACAAAACCUCUUGAUUCCAUCAGGGACACGGAUGAAGUUUACCUCAUCAAAGCUGUCACAGAGGAAGAUGUUCAAAAAGGUGACGUGAAAUCAGCAAGGUGGAGAUUUGAAACCCAGCCCCUGGAUAAGAUUGCAGAGGAUGUCAAAGUCUCUGUGAAAACCAUUGAUGACAUUCGAGGAGGGGAUGUAAAGACAAACAAACAGCGUUUUGAGUCAGACCUAUCCUCACAGAGGUUAGUUCGUACUGUUAGCAUGAGUGAGAUCCACAAAGGUGAUGUGAGGACAGCUAAAUGGAUGUUUGAGACACGAACCAUUGAUCAGCUCCAUGGUGAAAAUUCUGAGGAUGAGAUGGAGAAGGUGACGAUGGAGGAAGAGGUGAAGGGAGAUGUCAAACAGCAUGUGUGGCUAUUUGAGAAAAACCCACUGGAUAGCAUUACAGAUAAUGUUGAAUCCAAGCAAACGGCUCGUGAGGAAAUACCAAAAGCUGACGUAAAGACAACAACAUGGUUGUUUGAAACAACACCGCUCCCAGAGUUUAAUGAGAGCAGCACAGAGAAAACUGAGAUCAUUGGUAAAAGCAUCAAAGAAACCCUGGAUGAACUUUAUAGUCAACAAAUGGUCGCAUCAAAGGGGAUUCUCAUAGAAGCAGACGAGAUAGGGGAUGUAAGAAUGGCAAAGUACAAUCUGAUGAAUAAAGAGACCCCUGAGAUCCAAAAAGAGGAAAUUAUCAAGGGUGAUCUGAAGAGCAUAAUGAUGAACCUCUUGAACAGGCGAGAGGAAGCAGGAAGAGGGGUCAUCAUUGACGCAGACGAGCGGGGGAACGUCAACAGCACAGUGAGACAACUCUUCAGCCAGCACACAGGAAGCAACGUGGAGAAAGAGGAAAUUAUCAGGGGUGAUAUUCAAGAAGCCAUAAACAAACUCCUGAAGGAGGAGAGUUCAGCUAAACGAGGCAUUCUCCUCCAGGAGGAUGAACGGGGAGAUGUUCGCAUGACCAUAUAUUCUCUCUUCAACAAACAAGAAGAUUUAGCCAUCGAAAAAGAGGACAUCAUCAAGGGUGACGUAAAAAGUACACUUCAGAGACUCUAUUGUCCGGAAAACCAGGAACAGGUAGCUAAAAUUAAGGUGGACGAUGCAGAAAAGGGAAAAGUAAGUUUCUAUUCAACCUGUAUAGAGUCAGGGGCAUUGGAUUACCUUAAACAGCUCCAGACAGAUGUAGAUGAGACACUUCCAGGCAAAGUUGAGAAAGAACAGAUCAUUGGUGGAGACAUUAAGGGUAUGAAACUGAGCCUAGAACGCAAUCAAGCCCAAAUUGAACGUACUGUGGAUAAAGAAUACAUAGUCCCUGGUGAUGUUCACAACACAGUGAAGGUUUUCAUGACAGAGCCUUCAACAUCGCUCAGUCAUUCACAACGAGAAGAGAUUGUGAGAGGUGAUUUAAGAGCUGCUAUGAACUCGCUGACACGGUCCAUAAACCAGGCUGUUGUCCUGGAGAAAGAAGAAGUUGUGAAAGGUGACAUACCUACCACCCUGCGAUCUCUCAGGGAGGCCCAAUAUCUGUCCAAAGAGGUAGAAAAACCAGAAAUUGUCCCAGGUGACAUCAAAGGAGCACUGAAAUCCCUUAAAGGUUCGGCAACUACCAAAACCGAUAUUGUCGUUGAAGAUUUGGUCCCAGGAGACAUAAAAAGCACAUUGAAAUUGUUGGAGGAGGCUAAACAGGUGGUGAGGGAAGUGGAAAAAGAGGAGAUUGUUAAGGGUGACAUUCAUACGGCAAUGCAGAGUCUGCAGGAAGCUUCUAAUGAGAGAAAGAUUUACCAGCAAGAAAUCGGUGUCCAGGGAGAUGUCAAAGGCACUAUUCAGCUGCUUCUAGAGCCACCACCCUCUCCCAGAAUGCAACGCAGGCCUAGCACAGAGGGAGAUGUGAAACUGUCCAUUAAAUCCCUGUAUGAGAUGCAAGAGCAGGUGCAGUCAGAAAAAGAGGAGGUGAUAAAAGGCGAUGUUAAAGGUACAAUAAAAUGCUUACUGGAAACCGCACAGCGUGCAAGUCCCAAAAUCCCCAGGAAAGAACCAAUCAGAAGGGUCAAAGUUCCUGCUAAAAACGCAUCACCAUCGCAGCAAGAGUUCCAGGCACUUAGGCCAACUCCUGCGAUCAAAAACCUCUCUAAGAGCAAUGAAUCACAGAGGAAUGUACAGAAGAUUGCCACUGCUAAAUCAAUGCAAAAUGAAUACAUAUCUCAGGAGAGAAAUGAAGUCACAUCCCACACCACAAGCAGCAGUACACAUGAAUCAGAAACAACAAUUCUAGAGCACAAAACGAUUGUUCAAACGCAUGGCAUCAAAACUCUGAAGACAGAGUUCCGUAACCUUAAGACAAACCACAAAGGUUUAAUCCGAUUAGAUAAAGACAAAAGCAUACAAGAGAUCCCCAUCCCACCCCCAGCAGCUACACCGCCAGUCUCUGAGCUCCCCCUCCCUCUGCCUCCACCUCCUCCUGAGUGUGAUAAUAUCUCCUUUCCUGCCAUCAGACAGGAUAAUGACCUUCCUCCCCCACCCAGUCCCCCUCCUCCACCACCACCACCUCCAUCAGAGUCAGAAAAGGCGGAUUUGGAUCUUUUGCCUCCUCCACCACCUAUGACUGAGCAAGAUUUCCUUCCUCCUCCCCCCUCUCAGCAAGAACUUGAUUCUAUGCCGUCUCAGGCACUGAACAUUACUCCCACAAAGCCAACAAAGAUGACUGUCAAACCAGUCAAGGCUCCCACUUUGCACAAAGUGCCUAAGUUAGAGGCACCACAGCAGUUUAAAGAAAUGGAGGAACUGCAGACAAUAACUGCUUCACAAGUGAUCACAGCAGAUGAAACAGCAGAGAAAAUAAGUAAAACCCAGAUUCGGAGCCACUCAUCAUCAGUCUCAUCCACAGUAACUUCAUUAGAAACCCAGUCUUCAGUUUCCUUGCAAGCACCUGAGUCUCCUCGGCCUCCGAAGAAAGUUUUUACAUCGCCAAGAAUGACUCCUCCCUCCUCACCCACGCCAAGCACCAAAUCCAAAUCUCAUUUAACAAAGUUCCAAACUCCGCUGAUAAAAGCGGAGAAGAAAUACAGACAGCAAAGAGAGGAGAGCACUCCUCCCAAUUCCCCAGCUUUUGAGAUUCACAUGCAUGAGUCAGUCAGCGCCGCACUCGAAAUGCUUUCCACAGAAGCCACAAGCACAGUGCAAUCAGAGCAGAGCAUAUCAUUUGAUUUCACUCGAGAAAAAGCUGAAAAGAGUGUGACCAAAGCCAAAUCAGAGCCCGCGUCACGUGACUCACUCAAGCACGUCAAGCUUUCAGAUGUUCCCCCAAGCGAGCCUUUCAUCUCCUCUGCAAAUGAGAAAUCUCCUCUUGAAUCUGCUGAUAUUUCCUCUGCUAAACAGCACAUUAUCUCCCAUCAGACAUCUGAGGCAUCCUCCACUCAGCACCAGACCACAUCUACCUCCACUAAAAAGAAAAAGCGCCGAUCCAUGACAACCAAUAUACAGCAGGUGACUGCAGCCUCCACCACUCAGUCUGUCAUUAGUCAAAAGACUCAGCUGACAGCUGCUGAAAAAGCCUCUUAUGAUGCAAAAGAGCCCGAAAAUGCUCUUAAAAAUGUGAAUAAUAAACUUCAGACAGAUGUCAAAAAGGAUAUCAAAGACGCCCAAGCUAAAGAGCACAUCCAGUCUGAGGACAACAAGAAAAUCAACAGCCCUUCUCCAAAAAGUCAGAGGAAGAGCCUCCCAGAUUCCACCAAAAUAGGAAAAGGGGGCACAGAAAACAAAGUCUCAGAAACUGAGCCAAAAGUUCAGAAAACUGAAAAUCAAAAGACAAAGAAAAGCAUCAAGCCUGUAACUCAAGAACCCAGUGAAAAAAAGGCCACAUAUCAAACUGAGACUGUGAAAGUGGAACAAGAGAGUGUCCAAGUGAGGGAGAGCAUUGACAAAAAGCAAACUGAGAUCGAGGCUAAAGUGGAGAAGGAGACAAAACAAAAACAAGUUGAAGAGGCACCUGUUUCUACAAAGGACAGUAAGCCUGAAUCUCGCUCAAAAAAGAGGAGAAAGGCGAAGAAAGAGAAAGAAACAGGUCAGCAAACAAAAAGUAAUAUUUCAUCUGGUCCUUCAGAGCCACAGAAACCUGUUUCAACAUCUGUUAAAAAACAAGAGGAAAUCACUGUUGUUCAGUCACACAAAGCCAUUCAGGGGGAACACAUUCAGGUCCAUAAAGAGGUAAUAAUCACAGAGAGUAAAGUUCAGCAGAGCUUUCAGCAACAGGGUACGGUAAAACUUCAAAAGCAGGUAAAAGCCUCCCAAAAAAAGAAGGAGGAAUCUACGAACCAGCAGAUUCAUGAAAAUUCAAAGGAUGAUAGCAGAAAUGUUCCAAUAAAAGUGACAGGAAAGCCAGAACAAAAUAAAUCUGCAAAGCCCGUGACAGAGAGUGCAGAGACAUCACAAAGAUAUGAGCAGGCACGAAAGUUGCUGUCUCAAAUCACAGGGUUACAGGAAGCUUCAGGAAAAAUUGACUCUAAAUCUGUGAAAACAUUGUUGAACGAAAUCCCAGAGUGGCUUAUUGAACCAAAGGAGAAAAGUGAUUUAGAGGGAGCAGCGGUCAAACAUAAUGAACAGAAGCUCAAAGAAAUUAUAGCUCAUGUGAAAACUCUCAUUCAAGAAAAACUUACGGGAUUACAAUCAAACACCAUGAACAUAGAGAAACACGAAUGUGAGCCUACCUCUGAAAAUAUUGAUUUCAGUGGGACAACACAAAGAAUUUCAAAAAUAACAAUUGGCUCCAAGAAAGUUGAAACUCAAAAGAAAGUGGUUGAAGAGAAAAAGGCCUCACACAAAAGUCAGAAGCAGCAAGAGAGGCGUGCAAAAAUGCUUGAUCCCAGGGCCCCCUCACCUUCAUUAAGGAUGCGUUCACCAUCACCUACGUUCAUCACCAUUGAGUCCACUCGGAGGACUGACUCACCUCAGAGAAUACCCCCAUCACCUCCACCGAUGCCCCCAACGCCUCCGCCACGCCGAUCCGAGACUCCACGUGUUAGCAGAGCUUCUCCGUCUCCGACCCGCAAAAGAGCUGAUAGUCUGGCCCGACUAAGAGACGCCACAGCCAAGCUUUCCCGUGGAGCUUCUCCCGACCCUGUUCCUCACCCUGUACAAGUCACAGAGAGGAAAGCUGAGAUUGUGGAAUCUCCAGCGUCAUUUCACCGACAGAUAAAAGUUGAGACAAAGACUGCUGAACCUUCAGAGACAGCUGACAUGCUGACAGAGACUGUCUCAGUAAAAGACAGGAAAGAAUUCUUUGAAGAGGCUCAGAGAGCUGAGGAAAAUAAGACCCACGUUCCAAAAAAUCCCAUCAAUAUCCCAGAACGCCUGGGUCCAGAAAUCGAAGAGCCUGAGUCAGAAAAGAUUGAGAAAGAAAAAGAGAACCUCCCAAAGGUUGAUCUGUCUGAACUGGUGAGCAAAUUUGAAUCACCACAGGUAAAAAAGCCCACUGUAAUCCCAGAGCGGCUCAGAAGUGAAACAGAAGACCUGGAACCCAAGAGAGAGAACAAAACCACUCAGCAGAAGGUUGUGCCAGACUUUGACAAUGAGGCAAUUAAAAAUGUUUUUAAAAUGGUUGAGCAACAUUCCUCUGUCAAAGAGCAGAAAGGGAAAAAGGAGGGGAAAGAGUCAGAAGUGAGUGAAAGCUUAUCUAAAGGUUCAAAGCAAGAUAUUUCCCAAGCGAGUGAGUCAAAUUCCCUGCCUCUCCAUAGCCAACAUGUAACAGUGGAGAAAUCAGUCAAGCCCAAUGGAUUCUCUGAGACAAAGACAGUUACAGAGCACUCACAGAGUGUUGAUGAGUUUGGCACCAAGAUCAGUGAAUCAAGAAGCACCAGAAUCAUCUCCCAACACUCGGAAAGUGUUACAACGCGAUCGGUCCCUUUCUCGUAUGCCGACGCCGUUAAACGGAAACCCACUGAAGCGAAAGAGCCGGAGAAGGCCUCAGCCUCUGCAGAGGAGCUGCUGAACAAUUUCCACAAGACGUGGACUGAGAGUGAAAAUGUGUUUAGAAGUCUGGGUUAUAGCGUCUCAGAUUCGAGUCCCAAAGUCGGAGAUGUGCACAGUAUGCAGGAAGAGGGUUUACCCCAUGGAGUCUCUGAAGGCAGACAAAAAGAACUUCCAUAA